AGCAGCAAACGACUUUCCAAAUAAAACGGAUCCAGCUGUGCGCGGCUGUGCGCCUCCGUGCGUCACACGGCGCUCCGGCUCAGCAGCGAGGAGCAGCGGAGAGGAGCAGCAGGAUGGCCGGCACCGUGCUGUCGCUGGCCGCGGUCUUGGCUCUGAGCGUGGGCCUGCUGGUGAGCGGCGGCCCGGUGGGAAACGGGCUGCGGGACCUGGAGGACCUGGAGCGGGGACCCGUCAGUCUGAACGACAUGUUCCGAGAGGUGGAGAUGUUGAUGGAGGACACGCAGCACAUACUGGAGGAGGCGGUGGAUCAGAUUGCCACAGAGAGCGCUAAAUCAUCUGUCGCCUCGCUCGAACUACGUCUCAGUGGAAACAGAACUAUCCAGGUGCUGGACAGAACCGACCAGGAAACUGAUAACACAACAGGAGAGUCUCUGCUUUCACACGGCCACAUGGAGAUCUCAGGCCAGUGGAACAGCGUGGAUCAUGAGUGCAUGGUGGAUGAGGACUGUGGUGACUUGAGGUACUGCAUGUAUGGGAUUGAGAAGUCCAGGUGCCUUCCCUGCAUACCCACUGACAUGCCGUGCACGAAGGACGAGGAGUGCUGCUCAGAUGAGAUGUGUGUGUGGGGUCAGUGCACAGCCAACGCCACCAGAGGAGCCGAGGGAACCAUCUGUCAGGUCCAGAGCGACUGCAGGGCCGACCUCUGCUGUGCCUUCCAGCGAGAGCUGCUAUUUCCAGUGUGUAACCCCAAACCAGAGAAGGGGGAGUCCUGUCUGAGCCACCCCAACCUGCUGAUGGAUAUGCUGGCCUGGGAUCAGGAGGGUCCCCGUGACCACUGCCCCUGUGCCAACGAGCUGCAGUGCCAGCCUCAGGGACGUCGAUCUGUCUGCGGAGGCUAGACGGACAAGAACAUCCCUCAGGCUGGAGGACUGAUCUGCCACAGGAAAACGGAGUCGUUAUAAACUCUAUGACCCUGUCCAGGAGCAGAGCCAGCUCUCUAAUCCAGAAACAACUGGAGUGUAAAGACGGAGCUCUUGUCUUAGGACAGGACUUCAUGGUUGCACUGUAUUAUUUGUGCCAUACUAAAAUGUUGUUAGACGACCAAUGCGUGCCUUGUAUCUUGAUGGAAAUGAAAGACGUGGUUGUAGUUUUGACUUGGGACCAAGAACAGCACUGCUGACGUAUUCAUUUUAAAUACAUUUUGGAAAAAAAAAAAAA